CCAGCAGGAACUCCAGUAGAAAAGCUAUAUCGAAUCUCAGAAUCACUAUGGCAGACUCAAAUGACGUCCCGAUGUUGGACGGGCAUGAAGAAAUGUCCCAUCUUCCCAUCUCAGAAGAUGAAGCCAAGAUCCUCGAACUAUAUGAUCGAAUACAAGAGCUUCGACUUGAAAUCGCUAUUAUAAACGCGCAGAAGUCACAUCAGCCAGAGGAAACCUCGUCCCUUACCGCCGAAGAAACAGAAAAAGCCCAAUCAGAACUGAUGGAGUCGAGAGCGCAGUAUAUCCUGAGAAAUGAAGUAACAGAGGCUGUUAUGACGGCGAACCCAAUUCUCAGAGCCGUUCAUGGCGGCCCAGAAGCAGCUCUUGUUGAGCGUGAACUCUUGACCUACAUUGAGGGUAGAGACGAUACCUCCAUAUCAGUUGCCACACAGGCCGCUGAAACGAACAAGGUGUUAAGCGUGUUGACAAAUGUACAAAGUAAUACGCUGCGCAAGUCUCGAGAGAACGUCACUUCAGCGGCUGAGAUGCUUGAGUUAGCAGAACAAGUCAAGCUGAAGAAGAGAGUGCCUCCGAACUCAAAGAUGAUGCAAGAGCAGGAGGAACUCGAGGCGGACGUCAAGGCAAGCAAACAGAAAUGGAGAGUAAUGAAAGGCGUAGCCAGUGGUAUAAUAGUUGGUAGUGGCAUUGAUUGGGUGCAUGAUGAUGAACUACAAGAUGUUGUACUUGAUCCCGAGGAGGAGGAAUGA